GUGGUCGGCGGUGCGGUGAGCGGCGGGCCAAUGGGCGGCGCGGGGCUGUAGGGGAGAAGAUGGCUGCCUCGGAGGAGGAGGCAGGUCAAAGUGAUAGCAAAAAUGAUGAUUCUGCCUCACAUGAGACGAGCAAGCAAUUUUCCACCAUUCACCAAGAGAUUGAGAACCAGUUGUGUCGGCCUGGUGUGAGCUAUGAGAACAGAGUCAGUGCUGUGCUAUCAGGCUGGGAGCACCUGGCAGGAACCGUUGAAGGAGAUGUUGGCCAGUUACAGCCCCUUGCAUCAUUUCUGUAUAGAUGGAGUUUACAACUUAUCCUUCAAGGGGAGUGGCCUGGUCUAGCCCAGAUCGUCAAAACUCGACUGGGUGUAACAUUGCAAAGGUGUUCGAGGGUGGCCAUACUGCAGCCCCUGUGUCGAACUCUCCUUCCCCUUGUUUCUGACCCUUGGGGCCACACUACGAAGACAAUAUUUUCAGAUUCAGAAAUUUCUGAUGAAGAAGCCGUUAAAUAUAUAUCCAAUGAAUCUUGGGAAGUUGUCCGUGUGCGUGUAGACACAAUGAUUGAGUCCAGGUGUGAGGAACUUGCAUACAGAGUUCUCAAAGUGUGCAUAAGAUGUAUACGAUUGAGAUCAGAGGGCAUGGGUGUUCCACUCUACACAGAUGAAGACCAUAAUCACUUUGUUGAUUUGUACUUUGUAUUGCUGUACAAAUUUCAACGGAAAGCCUUUUUAGAUGAAGUUAAAGCGCUGGAUGUGAAUGAAGGAGUCAACCUGGUACAGCGGCUGGUGGCCAAGCAAGACAAGGCCAAAGUGUGGAAGCAUCGACUAAAGAUUGCUGACCUUGCUAUUCAGAUAUUCUUAGCCACUACAAUAGUGAAGAAGUACAACCAAGACUUUUGGCCUGUGUUUUUGGAGUGGUGUGGUGUCCAAGAAGCUGCUGCAGUUGCUGAUGAUGUGCUAGUUCAAAUGAUCCAUAAGUAUAUGCAGCUGUCUGAGGCUUCCCAGCACAUAUACAAUAUGAGUUCCAUUUUGCACAGAAAGUUUGGGAAUCGGUUGGCUUCACUAGUCACUGAACUCUUAAUACGUGCUCUCACAAUGGACAUGAACAGCUUGGAAGCCCUGAAAUUGAAACAGACCGAAGGAUCUCAAAAAGAACAGCAAAUCCAACUAGAACAACAGAUGGCUUCUGGAUUCAUGGAUCUGGCUACAGUGUUUAGCAAUCAUAAAAGUGUAGCAAGGGAAUGUGUCCUCACAGCAUUUAGUCUUCACCCAACUCCUGAACGUCUAGUCUUGCUCAGCAGCUUUGUGGGCAGCUCUCCUAGCUCUCCCACAUCAAGUUCUUCUCAAGCCCUUGAAUUACCACACUCUGUAAAACUUUCUGCAUUGUACUCAUCCUCUCCCUCACAUGCUUCAUUUCCUGUCAGUCAGUCCCCUCCACCUUCUGCUCCUCAUUCUUCAUCUGUCCCACAUUCUUCAUCUGAGGUGUCUCAGCCACCCUGUUCUUAUCAGUCAACAUCUUUGCCACCAAGUCCUGCACCUUCCUAUAUCCCCCAGUCAUUGCCUUCCCUUCCUUCCCCAAUAUCCCAUCCACUACCGUCCUCCCCAGCAUCAUGUCAACUUCCUACUUCUGCACCCUCAUCUUACAGCAUUUCCUCUCCAAGUCCACACUCUCCAUCUGGUCUUUUGUAUCUUGAAACCUCAGAUACUGGAACAGAGAUGGGAAUAUCUGCCAUGAGCCUGCAGUCCACUUCUACUUCCGACACACAAGAUGGCUCACCAGACACAUCACAGGGCAGUGGUGUUGUACAAACUACACAGUCCACCACCUGCCUUCAAUCCACAUGCAGUAACUCUUGUUCUGCACCAUCCUCUCAAAAUUACUCUCAACUUACUGAUUUGUCCACAUUGGGAAAUUCCACUGUCAGUGACCCAGUCCACAAUAGUCUUAAUUAUGUCAGUGUUCAAAAUAGUAUUAAUGCUGAUAACAUGGAAGUGACGAGUUCCAGUGAAGUACAAGUGAGUCAGAAUUGUUUACAAAUUGAUGAAGUUAAUGCUAAAAGCAGAAUGUCUCCAGUAAGUGACCAGAGAGGUUUAUCAUGUGAAGACCAAUGUCUGACAGACAUCACGAUAGAUACAGGACAAUCUCAUCCAUAUAGUUCAUCUGAUGUGGAUUCCCAGGAAUCUCAGAUGGCUAUUGAAAAUAAUGCUCAAAAUAAGAUGGAAGAUCUCCCAUUGUCACAAACCACAGAUAUGACUGCUAAUGAUAAGGGGUUGGAUAGUGGAAUAACCAAAAUGAAGGAUGAUGUGGAUUCUAUGGACAAGUUCUACAAAAGCACUGAAAAUUUUAUUGAACAAUUGAGUCAAGAGCCACCCAAAAAAUCUUCCCAGUCUCAAUUGACAAAUCUCACAUCAGAAGAUUUUCUGUGUCAGAACUAUGAUGUAUUAACUCAGCCCAGUCAAGUACUUGAUGCAGAAGUACUGGGCAUGACAAAAGAACUGUGCGAUGACCUAGCAGUGGUGCUCAGCUGUCCUCGAUGGCAAGUGUUGUCAUGGAUGCUUGACUGGAAUGAGCUUUCAAAAAUUUGUGGACAGUAUCUCAAAGAUGCCGAUAGUGCGAAGAACAUGACUAAGGAACUCAAGUAUCUCAACAUUGAUUACAGUCAAUUUCAGAACAUGCCCUCUGCAGAAAUCACAGAAUUCACUGGUAUAGAAAAGGGAUAUGAGCACUUUAUUGAACAUGAAUCUGACAGUGAAGCCACAGAUGGGGGGGAUUACAUUGCUCGCCCUAAAACAAGUCACAGCUCUCCAGCUCCACCUGCUGGAUCAAACAGUUCUGAUAAUAUAAUAAAGGUACCAAAAAGGGGAAGAGGACGACCAAAGAAAUUGGCACACAUCAACAAGCUUUUUGACUCGGACUCUGAUUUUGAUGCUAGUGUCCGGUUGAAGGGAUCUUCAUGUUACUUGAUUUCAAUGUCAGAGUCUGAAGAGUCUGACAUAGACAAUAAAAGUAAGACCUUCUUGAAAAUGGAUCCUGAACCUAGUGGUAUUGUAGAAGGCAAGAGAGUGACAGCUGUAAGUAAUCAAGACAGAAGUAAGCGCAUACGCAUUGAUGCAGGUACAGGCAAAGUUCGGAAGGACAGGAGCUUACUGAACAGUUUGCGACUUUUCAGACACGAGAAAUAUGGAGGUAAUCCAGACCCUGUUUAUGAUGACUCAGAGUUUGAUGGGUUACAACGCUCUGCAGAAAACUUUGCCCCUCCUCUCAGUUCUUUGAAUCUUAAUCCUCGUGUUGUGCUAACAGAACGGGACAAGACAGCUGUCGACCAGCAGCUUCAAAGGUCUAUGAGAACAGCAACGGCAGGGGAAAGAGUUGGUCCUGCAAGGACAGCUCCAUCUAGUCAGUCACGUGAAUCCUGGAGAUAUGCAGGAUCCUUUGUGGCACCCAAUCCCACCAGUGCUGUUCGUCCAGCCACCUCAGUCCCACUCUCACGCUCACCAUCUGUCCAAUGUUAUGUACGUCGCAAAGAUGGCAAGGUGCUUUUUGCUCCUUUCAAUAGAUCAAUUUUGAGUGGCAGUCGCCCACCUAACCCAAGUGGAAAUAAUAACUAUUUAAAGUUGUUGAGCAGGCCAACAUCUGGUUAUGAUGAUUCUUACGCUAAAUUUUUGCUUCAACAAAAUCCCAAUCUUCAAGGGAAAAGUACUGGUGACACCUUACCCAGAAAAAACAUGACACUUGAUGCCAGCCUUGAUUAUCUUAAAAAACAAGGUACAACAGUGACUUAUAAAUCUAGAAAGGCAGGAUCAGCCUUAGCCCUUGCAAAUGCUCAGAAAACUGUAUUGAACAGAAUCAUGUCUCCAGAAAAUGCCAUAUCUGCCAUAAGUAGCCGAACUGCUAUAGCAAUGCCUGUCAGUAAUAAUCCCCCUAACUUACCUCCAUCAGACAAGACAAACCCUGCCAAUUUGAGUCGGGUUUUACCUAAGGGUACAACAGUUGUCAGGAAGCCUAAAGCCGAUGGAGCAGGGCCUAGUGGGCUCAGUAAUAACAGCGGGUCAGGGAGCAGCUCAGGUACACGAACUGUGGUCACCCGACCAGGAAACUUUCCAACUGUGGUUUCCCGUCCCACUUCUACAGUUUCUUCUGCUGUACGCACAGGAAACACUGUCAUGGCUGUCAGAACAAGUGCAUCCACCAUCCGCACAACUUACUCACGUGGUGUGGUGGUGACUGGCAGCCUAGGAGCACAGGAGUCGGCAGCCAACAGAAGUACAACGCCUCCUUCAACCGUUAGUUCCCCAUCAACAACUGGAGGCACCACUUCUGGCACAGGAUCAUCAUCAUCCUCGGCAACGCCGACCCCUUUAGUCUCAGCCACGGUGGUAGGUAGUGUCCCCACGUCUGUUCCAAACAGUCGUAGUUCCCCGAUGGGGACACAAAGUGGAAAUAGUGCUAAGCAGCAGCAGCAGCAGCAGCUGCUGCUGCAGCAGUCCUGGGAUGUUGUUCAAAAUGAUAAUGUAAGUGGUGUUGAGGUCAACACCACCAUUACCCAAAUGAGCAGCAGCACCAGGGGAGCCACCACUUGCACCACCACCGUGGCUAGCCCACCGGGGGACACCAGGGCAGCUAGCAUGUUAGAGACAUUACUGAGAGACCGACCUGUCCCUCCCAGCCCUCUUCACACCCAGUCCACCACAGCCAUCACCACUAUUACUGCAGCUCUUCCCAGCACCAUAACAUCUAUAGUAGGCAGCAGCAGCGUCCCACUAGCAGUGUCUGGGGAGAGCCAAGUAACAAAUGCUGUGGUAGGUACUUUGACCAGUACAGGCAGCACCAGUGGCAAUGUGGUUAUUGCAAGCGGCUCAAAUGCCAACAGUGGUGUGAUUAUGGCAAGUGGUGUAGUUGGAACACCCACAGCAGGCAAUGUUGUUGUUGCUAGCAGUGGACUUGUUGGUAGUAGCGGUGUCACUGUGAACAAUAGUGUUGGUGAGGGAAGCUCAGGAGCAGUGCAGCAGGUGCUUUUACCUGGCCAGAUCGUCCAAGUUCACACUAGUGAUGGCACAACAGGCAUUGGAAUUGUGCAGUCAUCCUCACUAGAUUUAAGAUUACCAGCUGGUACAAGAGUAAUAAAAUCUUGUGGUGGAACAAUACGAACCACAGCUGGCCAGCAGCAGCAAGUAACGGGAGUAAUAAACCAAACUGGCAGCCGUCAAGUUAAUGUCUUGCACAAUGUCAAAAUUCUACAGAAUGUGCAAAAUAGGCAGAUUGUCCGCACUGUGGUUGUGCCACAUCCAGUAGCCCUCCAGGGACUGAAUACUCAAACAGGUCACCUAAAGCCCCAAGUUGUUUCUCUCAGCCAAGGAACUAGCACACCUACAACAACUGCAGGGGAAAGUGGAGUAAUACAGCCCCAAGUUCCUGCUACUACUGUGAGAGCUAAGAUACCCCCUUCUACUAUUGUCCAGAAAGUGUUGGGUCGCAGUGGUGGGCUGGUUAUUCGCACACUUAGACCUCAGACAUCAACUCAAGCAUCAGGUGAUUCAGCCACAUUUGAAGAAGGAUUGGGGGCAAAAUUACAGCAACAACAAGCUGUAGAUGGAGACAAAAUCACAGGAACCACCACCACAACUAAUGUAACAGUUGCUCGUCUACCCCAAGAUGAGGGUCUAGGGGAGCGUCUCAGUCACUAUUUAAAAACUGCUCUCGUGAGUUCUACAAGCACCCAGAGUGUUGGAACUCAGACUCUGACCACAGCUGUAAAGCCUUCAGCAGGUCAGCUAGUUAAUCAAGUUGCUAUGAAUCAUUUGAGAAGUGGGGGAAGUGCAGCUCUUUCCUUAGCUGGAAGCAUCCCUGGGAUAAGUGGUACACCUAACACUAUUUCAACAAGCCCAACACCACCACAACAGGCUAAUAUUCCCUCUCUGCCUCUCACUCCAACUAAUGCUGUCAGUUCAGAGACUCUGGAGCAGCUAAGAGAAUUUGAGUCUGUUUUUGAGAAAGUAUCAAAUAAGUCUGGGAAAGAGGGAACUGACGGAGAAGCAAGUGUGGACAGUUACACAAGCACUCCUAUGUCCUCAGAAGAAUCAAUGAUAGCUGCUCAGCUCUUGAGCAUGGCUAAUGAUAACCCUGCUGUCACUACAUCUUCAAGUUAUGUAUACUCUGUUCCCACAACUGUUUAUGAUGCAAGUGGAACCAGAUUAACAGAAGGAACUUAUAUAACCAUUCCUAGUACCACUCAAGCAGGCACUCUCAUUUUAGUUAAUCAUAGUGGCACUGGCACAGGCUUAGUUACUGUUGCCAGUGGUGUACAAAGUCAACAGCCACCACCUGCUGCUUCACCAGCUUUGUCCUCUACCUCCUCUCACUCUUCCAUUGCUUCUUCACCAUCAUCUACUUCAAGCAAGAGUAAGAAACCACCUCCAAAGUCAAAAACAGUCCCUCCAACCACACCACCUGUGGUGGCCAAACCUAAGACGCCACCACCACCCAAAGCUCCAGCUCCAAAGCCAACUGUAGCCAAACCUCAAGUGGAGGAGAGUGAUGAAACCAAAGCUCGUAUUCAAGCCAUCCUGGAGAAAUACAAGCAGGAUUUAGCUAAUACACCACAGCCUCAACCAGCUCCAAGGAACAGGAAAAACUGUCCACCACCAAAGAACGAAGGAAAAACAUCCACCAAGAAAAAGAGUCCAGUAAAGAAAGUAGAAGGGGGUGCAGGAAACAGCCCAGCGGUCUCUGAAGGCUCCAUAGUUGGGUGUCCUUCCCCAAGUCCAUCACCAGGUCCUGCAAAUGAUAACUCAAUUGGUCCUUCAAGUAGUGCUUCAAGUGGACAACCAGUUCAGUACAGCUCUCAAGUUGUAGUUAGUCAAGGAAACUCAAAUUCUGGGAAUCACAGUGCCCCUGAUGAAAAAAUAAAGACAGAAGGUAGUCCUGAAGUUGUUGCAACUACUCCACAAAUACUCCAAGGAGUCAUGGUGUCAAAUGUAAAAGUGGAGGGUAGUAAUUUAUCGAGUAAUUCAACAAACCUUGCACAAGGCAUUGCUGGUGGCAGAUUUGUUCAACUUAUUCGACACUGUGGAAAAGUGACGACAAUCACAACACGGCAACCAAUGAAUAAAGCAAAAACAGCGAGCCAAGGCGGCCCUCCACCUAAUGUCACAAUACAGGGGCGCAUUAGUAUGAAUGAUCUCAUGGAGAGUCACAUUGCAUCUCUUUUAACGGGAGGUAGUUCAGCCUUGACACAGUCACCAUCUGUUGUUAGCAAGAUUGUUCAGCAGCAGCAGCUUGCAGGCCAUCAAGCAGUUCAACAAGUAGUGGUGCAAACAUCAGGAGGCCAGCAAGUAUUGCAGCAAGUAGCAGUUCAGCAGCUUCCUACCUCAUCAGUCAAGCAGCAACAACAACAAAAGCCACAACCAAAAAGCAGUGUAAUUCAACAACUUUGCAUUGCCAAUAGUGAAGAACUGUCUGGAGCAAGUUCUCAACUACGUCAAGCAGCAGUCAGCGUGGGAUCCCUUCCAGCCACUCCCCCUAGUAAUAUAGUCACCACUGCAAACACUAAUGUCAUAAAUACACCAGCUGUUUCUAAAGGCUCUACAAAUUCUAAUCCUUCACCAUCUACAAGCACAUCAAGCAUCCCUUCACCAUCCCAAACCCCCACUGGUGCAAACAGUAAUGUUAUCCAUAAUAGCACUGGUACCAUUAGUGGUACAGUUAAACUUCCACUCUCUUCUAUCCCAAGCUCUCCACUUACACCACAGACAAAUGCUGGAACAUCACCUCCAACACCACAACCUGUGUCAGCUUCUCCCCAUGCUCCCUCCCCUGCUACAGAGCCAUCUCCUACACCCUCAUCUUUUCAAAUGGGAGAGGAAAGCAAUAGCAGUGAACAGAGUGUGGGUGACGGUCUCGCUUGCCCACUGCCUCCUUUUCUAACCCUAAAAUCAUUUAUAAUGAGGAGUCCACAACAACCUUCACCACAGACUCAACAAUUGCAGCAGCAGAAAAUACAGCAGGAACAGAAAAUAUCUGAUAAGUGUUUCUCUGGGACAGGAGUACAGCAAGCCUCAAACAGUACAGGACCUGUGCAAGAAUCAUCAACAUCCACUCCUUCGAUAAUCCUUAAUAAACCUCCCCAGAGAGGAAAUCAGUCACAUGUGCAGCUGCAAAUUUCACAACCUCUUAGAAAACCAACCACAGUGAUUCGCUCUAGUGGAGGAACUGCAGGAAGAAGAUUAGUUAUAGGAGCCUCAGAUCCAAAUGGAAGAACAGUUGGUCAUGGCACAACAGCUUCCCCACUCUUGGUGAGUGGUGCAGGGGAAGUAGGCAUUGCUUCAUCACCCUUAUCAGGCUCCAGUCAUGAAGGAUCACCUGCUAGCUCACACUCCCGCAUACGCUUAGCAACAAGACCUCAAGACAUGAGAAGCAACUCCAUCGAUUCCUUAAAAAGUGAUCAAAGUGUUGAAGAAGUCCAGAUUCCUCCAAGUCCAGCAACAUUAACAAAACAAAUACAGAGUGCUUACAUGACUGAGGCAGCCCUGUCUCCCUCAGUGUCUCAGUCACAACAUUCUGGAUCCUCCUACUCAUCACCCAGCACAACACAUGACCUUCCAUUCACAGAAGCUCCUCCUACCUCAGAUGAUUCCUAUGGAGGUGGCCUGACUCAGCCUGGCCACUCCUCAGUCCCACCUGCUCCAGGCCUCUCAGUAACAGGUGUCUCUCCUGAAGGGGACACACAGAUGGGAGCCUUGACCUCACCCUCUGGGGAUGUUUACCUUCAUCAUUCAGGAACAGGUUUAGGCUUGGAGGGCCUUGAGGCAGGGACAUUGCCACUUGUUUCAGGUAUGGAAGUAAGGACACAUUCACCAGCCUUGAGUGAUUUAGUGUCUUCUGGACCUCUCCUUACCUGGUCCCCUCGAUCUGCUGACUCCAUGAUGGCACAGUCUCCCUCCCUCAAUGAUGCUCUCACAGCGAACAUUCCACUUGAUGUAAAUCACAGUGAGGAUUCUCUAUGUGACUCAUCCACUGGCUUCCCUGGGCUCUUCUCAAUUGAGGGAGAUGGGGUCAGUGUAUCUUCCAGCACAAGCGAAGAUAUUGGAAACACCACAGCGGGAGUUUCAAGUAAUCAGCAGCAUACUUUACAGCAAGAUCUGGAAUCACAGGAACAAGUGGAAGUGACAAUAGACUUGCAUCCCCGAGAGAGUGAACAAGACCAUACCAUAACUUCCACCAGGUCACCUACACAGUUGGAAUUACCUAUAGCCACCCUUCGUGGAAUCACUACUCAUGGCAUCCAGUCAUCAGGGAGCAUUAUAAUAAGCCAGGGAGUUCAAGAGACACCUUGGAGAUUUGAUAACACUAUUGUUACACAGGCUAAGAGUGUUAUUAAAUCUGAGCCUUCUAAUGAACACCAUAAUGAUAAGAGAGCAACAGAUCAUGAAGAAAUUGCUGGUCCAUCCAACAAUAUUCAAAGCAAACUAAGUGAUGGAUCCCCAGUAUCAUAUCAAAAGAGCAAACAGAAAAGGGGGAACAGUGUUGAAGUGAAAGAGCAAGAGGUUGAGGAUGUCAGAAUUUUGGCUGAAGUUGUUGCCAUGAAGGAUCUAGAGAAGGGAAACAAAUCUAAUAUACAAAGCAAAACUGAUGGAAAAGUUGAUACAGACACUAAGAAGUCUCAAGAAGGGAGCAGUAGAAAGCGUGGACAGCGUUCAACCUACUUGCCGGAUAAAAGAAAGCUAAAUGUAAUAAGUGAAAAUGAAGUAAAGACAGAAGAAAUUCCAACAAAGAAUGGACAUGAAGAUGAUGAUGUACUUCCCAAUAUAAAAAUAGGUAACAGUAGUUGCGGUGUUGGUAGAAACAAGCGUAGAAGUUCACAGCGUGCUGUAGCAGCUUCUAGUAAUGUAGUUUCUCCAGCUUCAGUGUGUCGAACUCGUACAAAACCUGUGAAAACUGAAUCCAACAUUAAACAGGAACAAGGACCUGGACUCUUAGAUACUGAGAUCAAAGAUGAAAAAGUUAUCAAAUUAGCAAAGGUUAUUAAGGAAAAUAGUGAUGGUGGAGUCGGAAGAACGAGAGGAGGAAGGAGGCGCACAGAAAUGGACAGUAUUGGGGAAGUAAAGCACUUGGAGAGUCACGAUGAACAAAAAGUAAGUGGAGAGAGUCAGAGGGAAAUUAAGCAAGGUGAUGACAACAUUGAUAUCAAGUUUAGUGAAGGGGAAUGUGGUGAGGAGGUGCGGCGAGGUGGUAGGGGUGCUAGAGCUGGAAAGCGGGGUGACGGAUGUGCUUUGGGGGAAGAGGAGGUGCAAAAUCAUAUAGAUGAUGAAUCAGCAGUACCACGAGGAAACCGAGGACGCCACAUCAGUGGUACCUCAGAUACCAGCAGCAAUUACAGCUUGGAGUGUGCUGUGACUCCAGCAUUGCAGGACAACAUCCCCAGCAUCAGUGGAGGACGUAGACGAAGACGACACAGCAGAGAAAGUAGUGCCAGCAGUAGAGACGGCAGCCCACUCACCAUACACUCUCAUGAUUUUCCCCCUGGUGGUGUUAACACCAGACGCUCAUCCUCACGGGACCAUGCCAAGAAAAAGAAGUGCUCAUGCUGUGUGGGAGGAGAGCAAAAAAAGAGCAGCUCUGGCAGUGGGAGGAGAGUGUCUACUAGAGCUGCUAGAGGCUCUAACAGUGGUUCUUUGCAGUGAACAAAAUUGUUUCUUGCAGUGUAGUACUUUGCUAGAAUCCUCAUGUAUGUGUAUGUAAAAGUUCCAUCUGUAGUGACUGUACAAGAAAGAGGUACUGGUGAUUGAGGAAAGCAUCAUCAAUGACUAGCAAUAGCACUGCAGUAGUUCAUAAGCAGCUAUAUCCCAUUCUGUGAUUAAUUUAUUUAGAAGACACUUAAUGGCCCACCUGUGGCAUUUCUGAACUAAAUAUCUUUUCCCAAGACAAAAGGUGUGGCUUCUGUAGUUUUUGAUGAUAUCGUUCCUCUUUAUGAAUAAUAGUGGCUUUGGAACAACAAUCUUCAUCUUUUCCACAGAAUAAGAAUUAAGUGUUAUAGUUUAAUGUUCCUUUUCAUAUUUCAAAAUAUUUUUAUACUCUGAAAACUUGCUCACUUGUGUGAGCUCUUGCAGCACAAUUUCUUUUUUUAAUGGGAUAUUAGUGCCAUACAUUUCCAGUUUAAAUUGAGUAGACUGCAGACCACUGAAAAAAAUGUGGUCGUCAGUGGCUUGGCUUGAUGCACAGUUUUGUAUCAUGUCAGACCAAUAAGGUCACAAUGAUCAUUUGUACCUGAGUGCUUUUUAACUGGUGUUAGUCCAAGUCUUUUAGACAAACCCAAGUGUGAUGCAGUGUUUCCCUCCUGUCUGUCAGUGAAUUGACUUCCACUACUUUACAAAUGUGUUUCUCUCUCUCUCUCUCUCUCUCUCUCUCUCUCUCUCUCUCUCUCUCUCUCUCUCUCUCUCUCUCUCUCUCUCUCUCUCUCUCAGUAGUCUUAGUUUCUCAUCACUCAUUAGUUGUUGUUUUUCUUUUUUCUGUAAUUAGAUUUCAUGAUCAUCACAACCAGCAGCUUUACUUUUUUUUCUCAUUUUACAUUUUUUAUCAUUUUCUUCCAUAAACCCAUCUUCAUAUCAUUUAUCAGUAUGAAAAUGUGAUUUCCUGUAUUUGAUUUUGUUCAGUUUAGGAGUUUGUGACUCAUCCAAUUUGGCACUUUGUUGGGUCACAUAUUGAUACGCUUUUGGUGGACAUUGUCUGGUUCUUAAAGCCUGUCCUGCACAAACUGUAAAUACUUUCUCAUUAGUAAUUUUGCUAUAUCCAAAUUUGUAUUUUAAUUUUUGACACCCUUGUUAGUGGUUUCAUUUAUGAUUUGUAGAGAAAUGGUGUUCUCUAUCUUGAAAUCAAUAGACUAGUAUUACUUCCUUAAUGGAUCAAAAAAUACUUUGAGAAAAGUAACAUGGCUCCUCAGUGAUAGUCUUUUACUCAGUAACUGAUGGCCAGUGGAGGAGGAACCAGCGUGCUGUCCAUACCAAUACUCUCAUAGAAUUAUUAGUAUUUCUACCAAAGGGAAUAUGUCGCAUCUGUAAGUAAAAUCUAUAGUAAAGCUAUAUGUUCUCCAUGAUACAUUCCCAAUCUGCAGUACUUUUUUUUUUUUUCUUUCUUUUCAUGCAUAGAGAAUUCAUGAAAUGUGGAUCCAUUAGAUGUGUUCAUUAUGGAUGUGGGUCUGUAAAAAUAAAACAGCAUGUUCAUGCUGUAUAUUUAUCUUGUAGUUUCAUAGUAGGAGUGACUUGCCAGACAAAAGUGAAAUGCUCCCAGUGAAAACUGAAAAUAUGAUUUUAAGACUAAGAGUUACUGAGAAACAGUAGGAAUGCUAAGCUGAAAAUACAGUAUCUUGCUGCUUUCAAGUUAAACAGGACAUGUGAGAAUGAAAAGUGUCAAAGAGUUGUGAUGUAACAAUACCUGUAACUUGGAAGCAUGGAAUUGGAAUGUACAAUAAGAUGUGGUUGAGUCUCAGACCCACUCCUGUAUACAUAAAGUAGCUUAUCACUGUAGUGUUUGUAUUCCCGAGUUUGGGAAAGUAUGCUUGACCAUCAUUACUUGACAAUGAUGGUAUUUAAUUGUCCUUGCUCUAAGAAAAGUAGGAGUGUUAAUGCAGAAUUUCAUGUUUCUUUUUUUUCUUUUUUUCUUUUUAUUUAUUUCUUUUUUUCUUUUUUUGUCACUUCUUUUUUUUUGGGAAAGUUAAAUUAUAUAUACAACCAUUUGAUUUUCAGGAACAUCCCUUUAAAAUGAUCAUAUUUCAAAAUGUUAAUGAUUUUCAUAGAGAAUGGAUAGUAUCUUGAACUAUAUUUUAUAUUGAAAGCUUAUUUUUUAACAUAAUCAGAUUACCAGCAACAGUGCAGCAUUCAACAUUUCAUGUGCUCUUUAUUUACAUAAGGAAUUUUAAGAAUUUUGCAUUUAAUAGGUAAUUUUAUUUUUUUCUCUGAAUGCUGUUAAUUAUUCUUGACUUGAGGACAUCCACAUCUUAAGCCUACAGUGACCAUAGAAACAUAAAACUAUUUUACUUAGAUGUAUAUAAAGUGUGAAGGUUUCGUAAUCAACCCCAGUGUACUGUUAGCAUGUAAAAUUGGCUUAGAAAUUUACCUUUUGAGUACAUAUUUUCUUGCUUGUAGAAAUCUAGCUCUUGCGUGUGUUUAUUUUUUAUCUUGUAUUAAAUGAUGCUUACCAAGAGUUAUGUAAUAAUUGUGUUUAUAAGAUUUUUUAUUAUUUAUACUGUAAAUAGCUUGCCAAAGCUCUCCACAUGUACACUAUUCUCCUGUUCCAUCAAGGAGGAAGCUGCUCUAGGCUUUCUCCAUUCCUAGUUAAGUGUAAGUUUUCUUGAUAAAAUGUUAAUACCACUCUGUUUGUAAAUGGUAUUGUGUACAAAAUGUUCAUUCUUUUUGUAUUUGUGUAAUGUAUGUACAAAAUGCAUAAAUCCUUUCAUUUUUGCAGUAAGGAAA